AUGGCAAGAGUCAUUUCAUUUUCUUCGGCUCUAUGUUGGUUCUUCUUCUUCUUCUUCUUCUCUUUCUCAUCUCUCCAAACCAUCUCCCAGCCUCGAGUUAAUCACUUGCUCACCUCUUGCAACAACCGAUCUGAAAAUUUCACAGAAGACAGUUCUUAUGAUACAAACCGUAGAUCCGCUCUCAAGUAUCUCCGGACCACUUCCUCCACCACACCACCCUAUCUCAGCGUCACGAAGGGUCUUAGCCCCGAUACAGUCUAUGGUAUGUACCAUUGUAGAGUAGACAUCACCAAAUCAACCUGUAGAAUCUGUGUCCGGAACGCAGUUACAGAAAUCUCUAGAAGCUGCACUUCUCAAAAAGAAGCUUUCGUGUUUUAUGAACAGUGUAUGGUUCGUUACUCGGAUUAUUCCUUCUUUGGACUCCAAGAACUACAAGGACCAAACGCCUUAUUACCCUCUACCAGUAAUUUUCCUAUUACGAGUCGGUUCGGAGAAAAACUUCCUGGUAAGAUGAACAAACUUAUCACAAGAGCAGCAUCGACGAUUUUGUGGCCGGAACCAUAUUUCGUGAUGGAUAAACAGCAUGUGAAUGAGUUUGGUAGCUCAUAUGCGGUAGACACAUUGGUCCAGUGUAGUCCUGAUCUUGAUCCAGGAAACUGCACCGUAUGCUUGAGACUUGCUGUCCAAGGAAUCUUGGACUGUUGCAGCCAGUCUCGUUCGGCUCUCAACUUCCUUCCUAAAUGUCUCGUCAGGUUUAACACAUCCUCUUUGCCACCGAACGACGUCGUCCCGAGUCUUGGUUUUAUAGAAGGAAACAAAAUAUUUGAGAGUACUUUUAUUGUUGUCAUAACAGCUUCGGCAUUAGCACUUGUAGGUCUAUGA